AUGAAGUUCUGCAUAUCAACUCUUGUCACAUUCAUAACGACAGCUAUAGCAGCAAACUGCUCCGGCGGCGCACCCAAACCAAACGCACCCUACAAGAACCGCGCAGCCGAGCUCUGCCGCGCGUGUGGCCCUGCGGGCGCCUGCGCCAACAAGGUCACGUCCGGCGGUGGCGUGGUGUGCAGUAUGACGGUUCCAAGAACCAAGCAAACUCUGUAUUGUGAGGAAGCAAUGAGCGAUAUUUUGGGUCAGUGCAUCAGCGGCGGUCACUCUGGUGGAAAUCGGAAAUGCGUCAGCGAAUUCUACGAGUGUCAUGCCAUCUAG